AGCCACCUGUGCGCAAUCGAUUACCUGUAAACAGUACCGACCUGUAAAUGUAGUAUUUCGAAAUAUUAACAGUUCUAAAGCAUUGAAUAAUCAAUUUCCUUGUUUAUUCGUGAAAGAUGACAGAGAAAGGUGCACCACCACCUGGGUAUAACCCACCUCCACCCGCAUACCCUGGUCAAUAUAACCAGCAACCAGGCGGUUACCCUGCGCAACCUCAGCCUCAGUAUGGAUAUGGCGGACAACAAUCCAGUGCUACUGUUGUUGUUACAGGCCAGCCAACAGUAUUGAUACAACAGUUCAGAGAAGCACCUGUUCGUACCCAGUGUCCAAGCUGCAGAGCAGACAUCCUAACUGCAACUCACUAUGAAACAGGAACCAUGACUUGGGUUGUUGCUGGAGUUUUGUGUUUUGUCGGGUUAUGGCUAGGUUGCUGUAUGAUACCUUUCUGUAUUGAUGGUUGCAAGGAUGUCGUUCACACCUGUCCAUCCUGUCGCCACAGCAUUGGACGCUUCAACCGGAUGUAGUUAUGAUCCAAUCAGAGCCAUUGCGCCUGAAACUUUUCUACAAACAUGACAUAUACUGUUUCAAAAAGCCAAGUGAUCAAAAUCGAAAGACAUCUUUUCUCUCUUUUUAUAAUUUUCAGAGUGUAAUGUGUGUUAUGUCUUGUUAAACCAAAGAUAUUCAAUUAAUAGCGGUGCCGGAUUUCUGGCUAUCUAAUUCAUAUUGUAAAAUGACUUAUGACACACCUUAAAUGAGGUGUAGAUGACGGCAGAUACUACUACUGCAUUACAUAUUACAAUUAUGAUAACAAAUAACAUGUAGUGCCGAUAAAAUAUUCUGUGAUUACACAAUAAUAUUAUUGUUAUUUCGUAUUUUUGUUAUUUGUGUUUAGAUAAAUUGAGAUGAUUGUGAGUCUCCUAUUUACCUUAUCAUUUAUUAUCUGUACAGCAAUAUUAUAAUCAAAAAUACUAUUUCUCUUUACAGAAAAUUAUUUAGUAAGCAUUAAUUUAUAUUUUUAAUUCAGAUUAUUUUGUAUCGUGUUGAUGUAGUAAUAAAUUGUGCCAUAUUCAA